AUGUCGAAAUCGAUAAAGAAAAAAAAUCAAAAACGAAUUCUAAUAGGUGCACCCAACAAUGAGAUUUCUUCUUCACGAUCAUCAUCAUCUAUUAUUGAUGACGAUGAAAUAAUAAAUAUUAAAAGUCUCGUUCAAAAGAUCUUAAUCUACAGUGGAAGGCCAUUAAAGCCACUGGAACCAUAUAAAAUACGUGAGAAUUUAAAUGAAAUUCACAUAAAAGAAAGUGGUGAUGAUGGUGAAGAAGAGGAAAAUGAAGAAUCUGUUGCAAUGCAGGUGGUGAUCAAGAAGUUAGAAAACAUUGAUUACAAUGAAGAAGAAGAAGUGGUAGUUGAGGAGUUAGAAAAUGUUGAUUAUGAUGAGGAAAGUUUAGUAGAAUGGGAUGUUUGGAUUAUAAUUAUUCCCGUGGCCGAUUACGCGAUUCUGGCCACAUUUGAGAGUCAUAUUCACCAUCCUGGGUCUAGAACAUGUGGCCUAUUUCCUAGACAUGCUAAAUCAUUACGAAAAAGUAUUGGUAAGAUUAAAUCUUCAGAACUUUCAUGGCGAAAUCCACUUGCAAGUCAGGUUAUAAGUAGUGAAGAGGAGAUGGAAUCGGUAAAAUAUAUGCAAAAAUCUCUACCUAAUUCAGUAAAAACAACAUGUGAAGAAUUUGUGUUAAACUAUGAUGAUGGUACUAUGGAGACACCUCCUCAAAAACUGUCACAUGUAAAUUGGACAGAGAGGGAAGAAGCCCUUAAGGAUAUUUCAGUCAAGAUUCUCGAUCUUACUCCUGGCUCCGUAGCUCACCUAGCUUCUUUAUUUGAUAUAAAAGAAAGUUUACCGGAAACAGAAGUAAGUGGAUUAUCUGAAAAGGUUUCUGAUGAAACAAAUAUAAACAUACCACCUAUAAACAAAGAUACAUCCAACGAAUCCCGACUUCCGAUUUCAAUUUUACCAGAUGAUCCAGAAAAAAAUGGAAUCAUGUUAUUAAAAUGGUAUUGGACCGAUUUCCUUGUCUAUCAUUAA